AUGAAGGUCUCUGCAGCGCUUCUGUGCCUGCUGCUCACAGCUGCCACCUUCAGUACCCAGGCGCUCGCCCAGCCCGAUGCAUUCAGUGCGCUGUUCAUUUGCUGUUUCACAUUUAACAAUAAGAAGAUCCCCUUGCCGAAGCUGACGAGCUAUCGAAUCACCAGCAGCCACUGUCCCCAGAGAGCUGUCAUCUUCAGGACAAAACUGGCCAAGGAGAUCUGUGCUGACCUGAAGGAGAAAUGGGUCCAGGAAUAUGUGAAACAGCUGGAUCAAAAAUCUCGUGCCCUGAAGCCUUGAACUCUUCCAGACACACUAAGACCAAGCCAGAGUGUGAAAAGUGACGAUUUAUUCUCCUCCAGUCUGCCCAGCUGUACCCUGGA